AUGAAUAGCGGCGGAAAUGGAGAUAAUGCUUCUUCAACCAAAUUUGUACACAAAUUGUUCAGAAUGGUUAGUGAUCCGGAAUAUCAACAUUUGAUAAGCUGGAACGCAAACGGAACGAGUGUGGUGGUAACCAAUUUUGAUGAAUUUGCAAAAGAGGUUUUGGGCAAACAUUUCAAACAUAGCAAUUUCAGCAGUUUUAUCCGUCAAUUGAACAUGUACGGAUUCUAUAAAGUCAACAAGACCCCAAGAGGACAUCGACAUGCUGUUGAUACGCAAAUUUGGGAAUUUUCCCAUCCGAAAUUCAUUCGUGGUAGACCGGACCUUUUGGACGAUAUCCGAAGAAAGGCUUUGGAUUCGGAACAUGCAAGA